AUGCAGUCAAUCCCGGCGCCACUGCCUCCCCCACCUCCACGAGUAGAUAGGAAAGUCGUAAAGCUAUUCCUAGACCAAAAGCCUCCUACCUUCGACGGGAUGGGUGAACCCGCAAAGGCCGAAACUUGGGUACGCGCGCUGGAACGCAUUUUCAGAACCUUAGUGUGCAAUGAUGCGGAGAAGAUGAUCUGCGUGAUGCAUCAACUGACCGGGUCCGCCGACUUUUGUUGGGACACCAAGCUGAAGACCAUGUCCCAGGAUUGUGUGGACGAGAUGACGUGGGAAGACUUCAAGACCGAGGUGUACGACAAGUACGUACCUAAGAGCUACCGCAAGGCAAAGGCAUCCGAGUUCCACAACCUCACUCAGGGACGUCUGUCCGUGACCGAAUACGACCGCGCGCUUUGUGACAUGACCCGUUAUGCGCCGGAACAGAUGGAUACUGACGAGAAGUUGGCCGAUAAGUUUCGUGAGGGCCUAAGGUACGAAAUUAGGAUGGCAUUGGCAGUCCGUGGGACCCUUACGUACGCCGAAGAGCUAGCCCUCGCACUGGAUGUUGUGGCAGCGAUGCCCAAAGAGAGGAGCGCGGGAAAACACUACGCUAGCACUACCCCCGCCACGCCCUAA